AUGUCUACCACGACAACAUCUCAAGUGACCCCGCUCCAAAUAGGCGUCGAGGCCCCAAGGCACAAGGAAGCAGGAAAUGCUCUGAAUACGAUUGUGGACGGGGACGCUCCAAUCCGUUUACACGAGGUUCCCACAUUCACCGACAAGUAUGAAGAGCGCACAUGGGCCAAGCAGCAGAUGGCUGGUGCCUUUCGAAUUUUUGCCAAGUUAGGUUGGGCCGACGGUGCGUCCGGACACAUCAGCCUUCGAGAUCCUGUACGGCCAGACUGUUUCUGGCUCAACCCAUAUGCGAUGCACUUCUCUACUAUCAAAGCGAGUGAUCUAGUCCUGGUAGAUGAGGAAGGCAGACCGGUCGAACCAAGUCCGCACAAAGUCAACGCUGCCGGCUUUAUUAUCCACUCAAGCAUUCACAAAGCACGGCCGGAUAUCAAUGCUGCCUGCCAUCUGCACUCACCUCAUGGCCGCGCUUGGUCCACUUUUGGCAGACCUAUUGAAAUGCUUAACCAAGACUCAUGCAUGUUUUACAAUGAUCUCGCCGUUUAUGAAGGGUUCGGAGGAAUUGUUCUCGCCAAGGAAGAAGGCCAACAUAUCGCCAACGCCCUUGGCCCGGUGAAGAAAAAUGCUAUCCUCCAGAAUCACGGUCUUCUUACAUGUGGAGAAACCAUAGGAGAGGCUGCUGCUUUCUUUGUUGCUCUCGAGAGGGCUUGUCAAGCACAGCUCUUGGUCGAAGCCGCAGCGGCAAACGGCAUUCCUAAGAGAUAUGUUGGUGACGAGGAGGCAGCUUACACAAAGAAAUGCUCCGGGUCCCCAGCCUGUAUGUACAUGCAGUUUCUACCCGAGUACAAUGCCAUUUUUCAGAAAACAAAUGGCAGUUUUCUUUCAUAA